AUGUUAUCAUUUACCAUUGAAAAUAUCUUUGGUGUUGGAUCAUUUCGUUUAUGUGCAGGUUUUCCAUCAUCAAUUAAAUCAAUUGAACAUUCUAAAUCUCAUAUAUACGAAUGUCCAUUAAAUGGUUGUAUUCAAAUUUAUAAUUAUUCAACAAAUGAACGUUCAUAUUUUGAACAUAUUUAUGAUGAUAUUAUUGUUGUUAUGCUUUAUAAUGAAUUUGUAAAUCAAAUUUUAACAUGUUCUUAUUCAGGUAAAAUUAUUCUUUGGUCAGCUAAUUAUCAAAAACGAUUUGUUGAACAACAAGUUCGAAUAAAUCAUGUUCAUUAUGGUUGUUGGGCACGUGAUGGUACAACGAUUUAUCUUUGUUCAAGAUUUGAUGCUAUGGCAUAUUGGAAAAUGUUAUUUAGUGGAACUCCUAAUAAUAAGCAAUGUCAAAGAUUUAAAUUACUUGAUGUAUGGAUUAAAUUUCUUGAAGAACGUUCUAAUCAACGAUCAAUUACAAAAGAUACAUGGGAUUUAUUACUUGAUUUUUCAACAACAAUUAAAUCUGAUUUUUCAAAUUAUGAUCAUGAUGGUGCUUGGCCAACAUUAAUUGAUGAUUUUGUUGAAUAUGUUAAGACAGCACAAAAUCAAUCGUCUUCUGUCAAUGUUUAA